AUGACGUACUUCCGCGAGCGCGCGCCUCUCUCUCUCUCAACCUCUUUGUCUGUGUGUGUCUCUCGCUCUCUGUCUCUCUCUCCCAACCUCUUUGUGUGUCUCUCGCUGUCUCUCUCUCAACCUUUUUGUGUCUCUCUCUCUGUCUCUCUCUCAACCUCUGUGUGUCUCUCUCUGUCUCUCUCAACCUCUGUGUGUCUCUCUCUCUCAACCUGUGUGUGUGUGUCUCUCUCUGUCUCUCUCUCUCAACCUCUGUGUGUGUGUCUCUCUCUCUGUCUCUCUCUCUCAACCUCUGUGUGUGUCUCUCUCUCUGUCUCUCUCUCUCAACCUCUGUGUCUCUCUCCCAACCUUUGUGUGUGUCUCUCUGUCUCUCUCUCUCUCUCUCUCUGUCUCUCUCCCAACCUUUGUGUGUCUCUCUGUCUCUCUCUCUCUGUGUCUCUCUCUCAACCUCUCUGUGUCUCUCUCUGUCUCAACCUCUUUGUGUGUCUCUCUCUCCCAACCUUUGUGUGUGUCUCUCUGUCUCUCUCUGUCUCUCUCAACCUGUGUGUGUCUCUCUGUCUCUCUCUCUCUCUCAACCUGUGUGUGUCUCUCGCUCUCUGUCUCUCUCUCCCAACCUCUUUGUGUGUCGCUCUCUGUCUCUCUCUCAACCACUGUCUCUCUCUCAACCUGUGUGUCUCUCGCUCUCUGUCUCUCUCUCUCAACCGCUGUCUCUCUCUCAACCUGUGUGUGUCUCUCACUCUCUGUCUCUCUCUCAACCGCUGUCUCUCUCUCUCUCAACCUCUUUGUGUGUCUCUCUCUGUCUCUCUCUCAACCUCUGUGUGUCUCUCUCUGUCUCUCUCAACCUCUGUGUGUGUCUCUCUCUCUGUCUCUCUCUCUCUGUGUCUCUCUCCCAACCUUUGUGUGUCUCUCUGUCUCUCUCUCUCUGUCUCUCUCCCAACCUUUGUGUGUCUCUCUGUCUCUCUCUCUGUCUCUCUCUCCACCUCUUUGUGUCUCUCUCUCUGUCUCAACCUCUUUGUGUGUCUCUCUCUCCCAACCUUUGUGUGUGUCUCUCUGUCUCUCUCAACCUCUUUGUGUCUCUCAACCUGUGUCUCUCUCUCAACCUGUCUCUUGCUCUCUGUCUCUCUCAACCUCUGUCUCUCUCUCUGUCUCAACCUCUUUGUGUGUCUCUCUCUCCCAACCUUUGUGUGUCUCUCUGUCUCUCUCUCUCUGUCUCUCUCAACCUCUUUGUGUCUCUCAACCUGUGUGUCUCUCUCUCAACCUGUGUGUCUCUUGCUCUCUGUCUCUCUCAACCUCUUUGUGUGUGUCUCUCUCUCUGUGUCUCUCUCUCUGUGUCUCUCUCAACCUCUGUGUGUGUCUCUCUCUCUCUGUCUCUCUCUCAACCUCUUUGUGUGUCUCUCUCUCUCAACCUCUUUGUGUGUGUCUCUCUCUCUGUCUCUCUCAACUUCUUUGUGUCUCUCAACCUCUGUGUCUCUCUCAAUCUGUCUGUGUGUCUCUCUCUCUCAUAUUCUGUCUGUGUGUGUCUCUCUGUGUCCCUCUCUCUCUCUCAACCUCUUUGUGUGUCUCUCUCGCUGUGUCUCUCUCUCUGUCUGUGUGUGUCUUUGUCUGUGUGUGUAAUGGGGAAUGGAGGAGUGGAGAUUGAGGAUGGUUUGGUGAUGUGUUUUUGAUUCUUAUUCAUUUUCAAUCCGGUAUAAUCAAAACCUCUUUGUGACACAUUAACAGAUCAAACGCCAACACCGUUAAGGACUUUGUUACUGACACUGAAACCUUACCACUAGAUAAACUGGCUUUACCAGUUCUCUGACUAGGAAGAAAGAGAGAACCCACGCGCGCACACACACAGUGUUCAGGUGACAAAGCAGCUUGCAAGGGUGUUGGUGAAGGUGGAACUGGCAAAAAAACCCUCAGUUUCUAAAAAAUUUCCACCUCAGAAGGAGAGUCUACAUGAAAGCAGGUCAUUAUGUCAGCUGAGAAUGAAGGGCUGACCCAUUGUAAGUUCAUCCUGGUGUUUGCUGUUGUUCUGGACCUCCUUGGGAUUACUAUAGUCCUGAUUGGAGUUUUUGUCCCACUGGAGGUUAGAGGUCAAGACUUCGGUGAUCUACUGGUCUACUCAGGCGUACUGUUGGUCCUCAUGUCCAUGGUUGGCUGGGUUAUGUGGUACAGUGGCAACAUCGAAGGCUUGAGGUUAGUGAAGGACCUUAGACAUAAACGGAGUGCUGUGGAUCGCCUGGCUCGCUCACUCAGCCGCCGCAUACGGAUAAACCGUCACACAGCAUAGACUGACCUUUCAAGACCUGAGACUUUUCUUCCUGGAGCGUCAGACUACCUUCAGUGCUCAAAUAUCCGAGAAUGAGUACAGGUAUAGUGGUGUGGUUAAUUAGUUACAACAGUUUACUGGCUAGUGGCUAUUCUUGCGUAUAUUAUUUAUAUAUUUAGUUGACAGCACCAGUAAGUCACAACUUGACAGCUUUGUUUAUUCAGAACUCAAUACAUAUUUCUGAAAAAUAUGAAGUUGAUCUAAUUUUAAUCUAAUAUUAAAUCUAUACCAUUGUACAACAUGAUUAAAACUGGCCUCAGAGACUUCAUAACAAGCACAGUCUCAUAGGUGACAAUAUUGUGAAUGUAAACGUGAAAACAAUUCUGGUUUAAUUCACUUUGUUUUCCUCUCUGUUAUAAUUUUACUAGUCCAUGGAUUAAAAAUAUAAUAAAUUAUGACAGCAUUUCUCCUCAUCUGUAUGCUGCCAGGACUAUCACUGCUCUUAUUCAAUUUUAUUUUUUAAAAUAAAAAUAAAAAAUAAAAAAAACACAAAAUGUUUUUGCUUUGUCUAAGUGCUUAGGUUACAUCAUUAUUUAACUGUAAUGUAUCUGCAUAUUAAAAAUUGCAUUAGAAUGUAAAUAAAGGCCUUUUUUGGA